UUUGUAAUCUGUCUCUGAACGUCUGAAGUGAGUAAUUCGAUUAUUUUUGCGUCAUCGCUUGGAUAUUCGACAAUUUCACGUUCACCAGCUCGCGAAAUUCGAAACAAGUCUAGGGCAGCAACACAUAAGAGGUCAUCAUGUCGUCGUCUGCAAUGGAGAAGAACCUUUUCAACCUGAAGUUUGCCGUCAAGGAGUUGGAGAGGAAUUCCAAGAAAUGUGAAAAGGAGGAGAAAGCUGAAAAACUGAAAUGCAAGAAGGCUAUCCAGAAGGGCAAUCUUGAAGGUGCCCGAAUCCACGCUGAAAAUGCGAUCAGGCAAAAGAACCAGGCACUGAACUAUCUCAGGAUGAGUGCUCGAGUUGAUGCCGUGGCAAGCAGAGUACAAACAGCCUUGACAACAAGAAAAGUCACUCAAUCAAUGGCUGGAGUUGUAAAAGCGAUGGACUCUGCAAUGAAGUCGAUGAAUCUUGAAAAGAUCUCCACUCUGAUGGACAAGUUUGAGCACCAGUUCGAAGAUUUGGACGUCCAGAGCUCGUACAUGGAGAACGCUAUGUCCCAAACAACCACCACCACCGUUCCCCAGAAUGACGUUGAGAGUUUGAUGAUGCAGGUUGCAGAUGAAGCUGGACUGGAGCUUAAAAUGGAAUUGCCCCAAGAACAAGUCGGCACCAUUGGAGCCUCUACUCAGGUGUCCCAGGAGCAAGAUGAACUUACACAGAGGUUGGCUCGUCUCCGACAAGUGUGAUUCAUGAAUUUUGGCUUCAUUCACAAAGAUAAUCCACAAAGGGAACUUGCCUUUUCUCGUUAACAUGCUUGUAAAUAGGAUUUAAGUUCCAUUAUAAUAUAUUACGCAUAAUUCUUAAUUCUUAAGGUGAUUUGCGCUAAAGAGCAGAAGUUAUUAUCUAGCAUUCUUAUUUCUUAACUUUGUGCAUUAAAUAAAGUCAUGCGAGUAUCAAUACCUAAACGA